GAAGUCGAGAAGGCCGAUAAAGAGAGUCAGCUCAGCCACGUGCCGCUCGCGAGCAGGGGCAGCGGCAAGCCGGACGCGACGGCCGUGGCCAAGAGCCUGAAGUCCGACAUGGACGGCCUCCUGAAGAAGGCGGGCAUGAGGCGCACCUCAGACGGCGGCACCUGGGACAAUCUCUUCUCCAGCAGCGGCUUCAAACAUCAGCUGCAGUUCCUCGAGCAGCACUCGAAGUCUGGCCACUUCAGAGAGGAGUACGCGAACGGCGAAGGCUCUUACGACGGCGAGUUCCUGUAUGGGAUGCGGCACGGGAAGGGCACGCACGUUUUCCGCGGAGAGGCCUACGAGGGGGACUGGAAGUGGGACAAUCGACACGGUUGGGGUGUGUGCACCCUGCCCAGCGGCUCGCAGAUCCGCGGGGAGUGGCAGGGCGGUAAGCCGCACGGCUUCGUCACGAUCCUGGAGAAGGAGGGCGGCAGGGUCACCUUCGAGGGCGAGUUCCGGGACGGUAAGCGCAGCGGGCUGGGGCGCCAGGUCUUCGAUAGCGGCGACUCGUACGACGGAGGCUGGAAG